AUGGCUGGCACCAGGCCUGCCCAGCCUGCCCAGGCUGAUGGAGACUGCACAGAGCCCAGUACAGAAACGAUUGAGUGUGAGAAGACCUUUUCUGAAGAGCUGAGGAUAGUUCCCUUGCAUCUUUGCCCCGAGCUGAUGGACUGUGCUGAUCUCAUCAAUGAAGAGUGGAAGAGGAGUAAAGCAUCUCGGAUUCACUUCCAGAAAUCCUCAAACAAUUUCCCAGUUUGCCUUGUCUUGCUUAGGCCUCUGAAGAUAGCGGACGGCACCGGGAGUAAAACCAAAAGUCAGUUGGUGGGUCACAGCAAGCUCCGUGUAGUUGGCCAAGCCAGUGGUCUAUUUGUGGAGACAGUGGUUGUGCGAAGAGUACGGGGCAAAGGUUAUGGUAGAAAGUUAAUGGAAUCCACAGAGGCGUAUGCCAAGUUCCGUGGGUUCAAGACUCUGUAUCUUACUACUCACGAUAAGCAAUAUUUCUACUUUCACUUAGGGUACACACUGUGUAAACCAGUGCAGAAUGCAGGAUCUAUGACCACAUUUGUGUCCAUGGAAAUGCUUGAAAGACUGUCUCUAACAUCUACUCAGCCAAAUACUAUUAGUUCCAGUCCUUCAAAAUCAAUAGGAAGAGUGAUUGAUUGUUCUGGGCUUGUAUGCUCUGUUCUACCACACACUGCAACCUUCUAA